UGGCAGCGUAGACCCUUCUUAAACUAGCAGACAAAAAAAAACAAUCACCCCAAAAUGGCGGUAAAUGUCAGUUAAAAAAUGGUGUAAAAUAUUUUGAAAAUGGAUAUAGAAAAUAGUUUGUAUGGUAGUUUGUGUAAGUUUUUCACUUUGGUGUCAAAACCAAAGACCAGUGGGCAAACACAAACCUAUUCCCGCUGCAUCGUCCCUGAAAUUGAGCAUGAAGCGAACGAAAAAAAACGUGUGAAGCGUGAUGGAUUCAGUACGUUGUUCACAGCUCACGCCAGUGAAGAAGAAACACUACCAGAUGAAUUUCAAUUGUCAGCUUGGAUUUUUAAGUUGAGAACAGUAAUUCCUUGUUCAGAAGGAAAUGCUGUUGAAAAUACCAUAUGUGAUCUCGAGAAAGUUGCAGCUGGAAAAUUGCACAGUAUUUUACCAGUGCUGAAAUUCCUGUCGUACAUCAAGCCUGUCAAUAAUGAAGAUGUACCUACUUUGAGAAGCAUUGAAAGUUUCCAGAGGCAAAAUGCCAAAAUCCAACCUGAUGAUAUGAAGAAGCAGUGUGUACCCUAUCCAGUAAUUCAACAAAAUUUGUUUGAUGUUUCACCCUUAAAUUUUCACAUUGGAGAGCUUUAUACCACAACUGUCAUAGCGAAACUUGAAUCCACUCGUCAGUUGGAUGAGCUUGAUGUUGUUCACAGGAACCUGUUUGGUGCCUUGGAAAACCCACCAAAAAAUCUGAAUUACCUUGGAAUUUCCAAAUGCAGCAAGCUGACUCUCCGGAUGAAUACCAGCAAAUCUGAUUAUAAACCAGUCGUCCCUGAUGAAGGAUAUGAAUCACCAACUUCUAAUCCCAUACCGUUUCCGCCCAAUGGAGUUUCCAAUUAUUGGGAAAAUUUAGAAGAUCUUUGUGACUCGUCUAGCAUUCCUCGAACCUGGGAAGCAAAAUUAUCCAAUCAAGCAUACCCAGUCAAAGAAUUACCUUACUUAACUCACGCUCCGUUGCAAGUCAUGCAAGUACUCUGCCAUCACUUUGACAAAAACUUGAGUUUGGUCGACGAAACGUUACCAACACGAGACUCUUUUCUGAUGGAUGAAUCAGAAUUCCGAAAAAACAUACUUUACUUGAUGUUGGGAAUCGAGUCGCGAGUAUUUUCCUGCGUUGACGACGAAUUUCAAUUCAACGGCUAUCCUUUUAUCGACGGCAUUAGCUCCGAUUGUUUAUUUGAUCUCGCACGACCUCUGCUACAAUGCGGCCGACUGGUUCGACGUCUGAAAAGUGUAGUUUGGAACCCCGAAUUCGGCCCUGUACGCAAUACACUCGGCGACCAACUGCUCACCAGCUUACAAUACUACCAGGAAAUGGUGGAGGAGGUGAUCAAGUCCCCGUCGCUAAUAGCUGUCGUUCAACAGCUGAAAACACUUUCGUCUUCCCUUCAAUUAAUGGAUCGACUUUGGCAUUGGCCUGGCUGGGAAGAUGGCAACGGACGUGGAGUCGCCUUCCUACAACACCUGGUUGAUCUCUCUACCGUAACAGUUAAUGAACAAGAACGAAACCUCUUGACGGCCUAUUUUGCUGCUUGUGUUGGACCACUGCUUUCGUACGUGGAGCAUUGGAUAUACCGCGGGCGCUGCAGCGAUCCGCAUAAUGAAUUUUUCAUCCGUCCUGACAACGUUCAACUGGAAAAACGCGAUAGAAACUAUUGGAUCAAUGGCUUUGCUUUUCAGCCCAUUAAUCGUCCCGGGGCGGGACCUUUCAUCAAUUCGACUGCAGAGGAUGACGCAAUCACUGGUCUCCUGAACGACGUUUAUCUUUGUGGCAAAACGGUCCAUCUUUUACAGCUGUGCCAAGCAAAAGAACUCGAACACAGGGAGCCGUCGUUGCGAAUCGGGCUCAGCCUAUCCGAAUUGAACGAUAUUCGAGUCGAAUGUGCAGCGUACGCACUAAAGUUUCCGGCUGUCGUUGACUUCGUACGUCCCAUAAAAGAUUUGGGCCAACAGGCUCGCAAGAUUCGCGAUGCCAAAUUGGCCGAACUUGUAGCCGAAAAGGCAGCCAAACAGUUGGACCGUGCCGUGAAGCGCAAUGCCCGUCUUGCCUUGGCCAAGGCCGAGUUGGACGAGCAGCUGGAUCUCAAACGGGCAGAGGAAACCAAAAAAGCGAAUCAAGAGAGGCUCCUCGAUGAAGAUAUUCAACGAUACCACGAUUCCAUCGACAAAUGCGAAGCUGAUGAAAAACGAAGAUUACUCAUCAAAUACGCCAACUUGCUCGAUGACAAGGAUUCAACCGAUGGGCCUUUUGAAGAUGAGUUGAAUGCCAAUGAUCCAAUAAGAGGAAUGGAUGAAGAAAACAAUAUUGUUUCUCAAAUUCAACCUGACAUUGUGACUGUUGAAAAAUCGGCCAUCACUUCAGCUCCAAUCCCUGCAACAUCUUCAACUACGAUUGCACCUUCAAAAAAGGUAAAGCCGACUCAGUCGAAAAAGAAAAUUCUGACACGAGAAGAGAUCAAAACCAAAGUCUUGUGGGAAGAAUUUGGAGUGGAUCCACGUUACACUAAAGAGAACAAUGGAGAAUCCACUCCCGAAGAGUCGUGUCGUGUCGUCAUCAGCCCGUAUGUCCCGAAAGACUGGAGUAAUCCUGCUUCAGUUUCUUACCCUUUCCAAUUUAAUUUCGAUGCCGAACCCGAGCCAACCAUGUUGAUCGUUCAGGAGAAGCGUGACUGGCUACAAGAUGCCGAACCUUGUGAGGAGGAAAUCCGUGACUUGUCACUUUCUUUCUUUGUCCAGCGGAGUUUACUCUUGCCCAUCAGAACCCAGUGUCAAAUGGUCAACCGCUCUCUCAUGACUCUGCUGACAGGUCCCGACCAUCGCUUUAUGCAACAUCUUGAAGCAUUGCGCCAAUAUUUGUUCCUGGACAAUGGCGCCUUUAGCCACAGUCUCGUGAGCAACAUUGGACGCAGAUUGGGGCAAAUUACUCGAAUCCAACAGUUGAUCAACGUUCCGUCAAUGAACUUUAUCCUGCAAAGCGCUCUCAAUUCCGUCCAAGCCAACGAGUACUACGCGUCCCGCUUGAGCUUCUACACCAAGGAAGCAACGGGGUCUGUUUCCAAUUCGCAACUGGAGGCUUUGGAAUGUUUUACUCUGCGAUAUAGAGUCCGCUGGCCGCUCAAUCUCAUUCUGACCGAAGAAGUUAUGGACGAUUACAGUCAAAUAUUCUCUUUCGUCCUACAAUUGCGAUUGGCCGCUUGGGCGCUUGAAGACGUCCAUGUCAAUUUAAUGAGAGACCUCCCGAGACGUUGGCACGCCGUUCACAUCGCGCGUCAUUCGAUUUAUCAUUUCGUUCAGACGUUACAAAACUACGUCAUGAGCCAGCUGUUGACUCUGGCCUGGAGCGAAUUUCUGGCCGAAUUGAAGAAAUACGGUGCUCGUUCACUCGAUGAUUUAUACGAAUUACAUUCCAAUUACAUCCAUCGAGCCAAAUCCCGUUUACUACUCACGCCGAAAAGUGCUUCCCUUUUGAAAAUCAUUCGUGAUGCGCUCAACUUGGCACUCAAAUUCCGCGGUCUACUCCUGGCCGCCAAUUAUACCUAUUCAGAUGCCCUUCAAUCGCAAAUCAACUCGGUCAGCGCCAAAGCCAAAGAAUACGCCAAAUUUAUCAGGCUAAUUCUCGAAAAGGUGAAUGAUCGAAGCCAUCAGUCUCAUUUCAACGAACUUUUGGUAAAACUCAACUUCAAUGAAUAUUACAGUAACUAGAUGGCCGCUCCAAUGGCUUUCCCCAUUGAUUGUUCAGAUUGUACAUGACGGAUGAUGAAGGUAAAUAAAAGUUUCACGUUGA